AUGGCUGAAAGUGACGACAAAAGUUCUUCGACUUCAGCGUUCGUUACAACACUGAUUGUCUACGGAAUCACCGCUCUCGUAUUUGUGUGGCUAUUCUUGCUAUUACGGCCCAAGAAUAGAAGAGUAUACGAGCCACGGUCUCUUAAGGACAUCCAGACCAUCCCGGAGGAAGAGAGAACAGAACCGGUUCCCGAAGGCUACUUUGGGUGGGUUGGAUACCUACUCUCCAAACCGCACUCUUUCCUCAUCCAGCACACAAGCGUGGACGGGUAUUUUCUGCUAAGGUAUAUUGGUAUUGUGGGCUCACUUUCGUUUGUGGGUUGUUUGAUGCUUCUACCGAUCUUGCUGCCUGUGAAUGCGACGAAUGGUAACAACCUUGGAGGCUUUGAGCUGCUAUCAUUCGCGAAUGUUACUAACAAAAAUAGGUUUUACGCGCAUGUUUUCCUCUCGUGGAUCUUCUUUGGCCUGUUCACCUAUAUCAUCUACAAGGAGCUAUAUUAUUACGUCGUAUUUAGACACGCUAUGCAGACAACUCCACUCUAUGACGGGUUGUUAUCUUCUAGGACGGUAAUCGUCACAGAAUUGCACAAGGACAUUGCUCAAGAAGGGGAGAUGCAGAUGCGUUUUCCCAAGGCGUCCAAUGUGGCCUUCGCCUAUGAUUUCUCAGACUUGCAGGAAUUGUGUAAAGAAAGAGCUAAGAACGCAGCCAAGUAUGAAGCUGCUUUGAAUAAGGUCCUGAACAAGUGCGUGAAAAUGACACGAAACAAGACCCAGGAGCAACUCGACAAGUUGUACAACAACGGUACUAAGCCCAAGGACGAUUUGGAGACAUACGUUCCCCAUAAAAAGCGCCCUAAACAUCGCUUGGGAAAAUUGCCGCUUUGUCUAGGCGGCAAGAAAGUCAAUACGCUGUCUUAUUCCAGUAAGAGGAUUGGUGAACUCAACGAAGAGAUUCAUGAAAAACAGGCCGAUUGGGCCAAUAACGAUAGGAAACCCGCCUGUUUCAUUCAGUUCGAGUCUCAAUUGGAAGCGCAAAGAUGCUAUCAAUCUGUAGAAGCAAUCUUGGGUAAAAAAAAUUUUGGUAAGCGUCUCAUUGGUUACUCACCUGAAGAUAUUAAUUGGGGCACCAUGCGUCUCAGUUCAAAGGAGAGGCAUUCCAGGAGAGCUGUGGCAAACACAAUCAUGGUCUUAUUGAUCAUCUUUUGGGCCAUCCCCGUUGCUGUAGUCGGUAUCAUCUCCAACGUCAAUUUCCUUACCGAUAAAGUUCCUUUCUUACGUUUCAUUGAUAAUAUGCCCGACUUUUUGAUGGGUGUCAUUACUGGUUUGCUACCUACUAUCGCGUUGGUCGUCUUAAUGUCCUUAGUGCCACCUUUUAUUAUAAAACUGGGGAAAAUGAGUGGUUGUAUCACUGAGCAGGAAACGGAUCUCUACUCUCAAGCCUGGUAUUAUGCGUUCACAGUGAUUCAAGUCUUCUUAGUUGUCACAGCUACUUCCUCUGCAUCUUCCACUGUCGAUUCGAUUAUAGACAGACCAAGUUCAGCCAUGACACUACUGGCAAAUAACUUGCCCAAGGCAUCCAACUUCUAUAUCAUGUACUUCCUACUGAAAGGUUUAACUGGCCCUACAUGGACAGUCUUACAGGCGGUCAACCUACUGCUAAGUAAAGUCCUAGGCAGACUCUUAGAUUCAACCCCAAGGCAAAAAUGGAACCGCUAUAAUACGUUGGCUACGCCGCGCAUGGGCAUUGUUUAUCCAGGAAUUGAAAUUUUGGUUUGCAUUUAUAUCUGUUAUUCAAUCAUCGCUCCUAUACUGUUGUUUUUCAGUACUGUAAUGCUGACCCUACUUUAUGUCGCCUAUUUGUACAAUUUGAACUACGUGUUUGGCUUUUCAUUCGAUUUAAAGGGGCGCAACUAUCCAAGAGCACUUUUCCAGAUUUUUGUAGGAAUUUAUUUGAGUGAGGUAUGCCUGCUUGGACUUUUCAUCAUGGCAAAAACCUGGGGUCCUUUGGUCCUGGAAGUGUUUUGGAUCGUGGUCACUGCCCUAGCUCAUAUAUAUAUGAAAAGGAAGUUCAUGCCGCUGUUCGAUGCAGUUCCUUUAAGUGCCAUCAGACAUGCAAGGGGUGAACCCGGUUAUUCUUAUCCCACUUCAGACUUGGGUGCCCAGGAAAUCAGGGACAUUGCAGAUGAAAUGAAGGGCAAAUACGAAAACGACAAUACACAUGGGAUUUUAACGCCCGUUACUAAGGACGAUUUGAAAAAGGCUAAUUUAAUUCCCGAUAACGAUGGCAGUUCGGAGAACAGUGCUCCAAGUAAUCCAUUUGAGUCCGGUUCUGAACAUGCUUCCCUCUCUGGAUCAAACGCAGAGGGUGACUCGAUCAAAAAAUUAAAUGAUACAGUUAUUAAAAAGUCAAGCACUCUCUCCUCUUCUAGCAAAGGUAACAACGGUACUGGUAAUGAAUCUACUUUUGUUCCAGAGGGUGAAAAAUUCCGCAAGUUUCACUACAGCGAUGUUGAGGCAUUAAGAAAUAAGCGUCCCUAUGAUGAGGAUGAUCACAGUCAACAUGGACCUGAAGGUGCCGUGCCAGUGAACGCUGACGCGGGAGUUAUUUACAGUGAUCCAGCAGCUAUGAUGAAAGAGCCUCAGGCUUUCCCCCCGGAUGUCUUAGAAACUAAUACAUGGACGAAAAGAGUUCUACAAUUCUUUAAUCCGAGAAAAUCGUAUCCAUUUGACAAUGUCAGAAUGAGAUUCCCGCUUGUUUUCAACACUAGUAUUGAUUACGAUGAAGAAUACUUGAACUCUGCCUAUACUGAUCCCUGUGUCAGGGAAAAAGAUCCUAUUGUGUGGUGCUGUAAAGAUCCAUUAGGUGUUUCUAAACAGCAAAUCCAAGAGGCAAGGUCAAAUGGUUUGGAUGUAAGAGAUGAUUUCACAAGAUACGAUGAAAAAGGUGAAGUCAUAUUCACUUACAGCCCUCCUGAUUAUGAACCUGAAGCUAAAAAAUGA